UGUGGCACACAGAGGAACCACGUGGAUGGAGUGGCGAUGUAAACCUCGGUAGCGUUCUAGGAAUUGUCGGUUUAAAAAAUAGUCGCUAUACAUUUUGUAUAUUAAAAAAGUGAAAGAAGUUAUUUUGUCGCAAACUGUACGUUUCGCUUCAUCAUGGGCAAGUCGAAGACCAAAAAUCAGAAGAAGUCCCGAGCAGAGGCCAACCAUGUGGCCCAGGAGACGUACCGAUCCGUCCCCCACUCGUUCGUCUUCCAUCGGGGUCAGGUGGGGAAAAACGUGGCUCAGCUCAUCACAGAUGUCAGGAGAGUCAUGGAGCCCUACACUGCAGAGCAUUUAAAGGUCAGGAAAAAGAAUGUGCUGAAAGACUUUGUAGCCGUAGCAGGACCAAUAGGAGUGACACACUUCAUGAUCUUCGGCAAGACGCCCGCCGGUGUUACUAUGAGGCUGGCAAGACUCCCCAAAGGGCCGACGCUCUACUUCAAAGUGCUCAAGUACACUCUGAUGAAAGACGUGGUCUCGUCUCUAAAGAAGCACCGGAUGCACGGGAAGCAGUUCACGCACCACCCGCUGCUCAUCCUCAACAACUUUGGAUCCAACGGCAUGCACAUCAAACUGAUGGCCACCAUGUUCCAGAACAUGUUCCCCUCCAUUAAUGUGCACAAGGUGCUCCUCAACACUAUCAAGAGGUGCGUGUUGCUCAACUACAGCCCGGAGACCCAGGAAAUCGAGUUCCGGCAUUACAGCCUGAAGGUGGUCCCGGUGGGCAUGAGCCGCGGUGUCAAGAAGCUGAUGCAGGAGAGGUUCCCCAACAUGAGCAAAUUUGAGGACAUCAGUGAGCUGAUGAUGAAAGGGGCGAAACUUUCGGAAAGCGAAGCAGAACAGGACGGCGAGCACAACAUCACCGAGCUGCCGCAGGUGUAUUCGGGCCGAGGCAACAUGGCGUCCGAGCAGAGCGCCAUCCGUUUGACGGAGAUCGGGCCUCGAAUGACUCUGCAGCUGACCAAGAUACAAGAUGGCAUGGCGGGGGGGAACGUCAUGUAUCACGCCACCAUCUCAAAAACGGAGGAGGACAUCCAGGAGAUCCUACAGAGGAAAGAGGCCCAGAUGAAGGCCAAAGCGGAACGCCGGAAGAAGCAGGAGAAGAACGUCGCUCAGAAGAAAAAGCAAAAGGAGGAACACAAGAAGAAGAGCCUAGCAGGCAUCAAAAGGAAAGCAGAUGAUAAGGACAAGGACAACGAGGUGGAGGAUCCAGGCGUGCAGGACGGUGGAGCGGGGGCGGCCGUGGAGUCAGAUGACGAGGCCGAGUACUACAGGCAGGCUGUGGGAGAGGAGCCGGAUGAAGAUAUGUUCCUCAAGAAGAGGAGAAGCAAAGAUGGACCUCGAGGGCCUGCCAAAAAGAUGAGGAAACUCAAUGGCAAUAAAACAUCUGGCCAAGAUAAAGGUGCAAAAAGAAGUGUCCCAGGAGGGCGGUACAAGGAUAAACAGGAAAAGAAAUUUGGCAACCAAGAGAAGAAACCAUUUGGGAAGAAACAGUCGCCUGGAGGAAAGCCAUUCCGAAAGAAAACCAGCGACAGGGAAAAUAGGUUUGGGGGCAAGAAGAAAUUUGAAGGCAAGAGAACUUUCUCCGGAAAGAUAAAUAAAGGCAAAGCGUUCCAGUCCAAGAGCAAGAAGAGCAAAGGGGUCUUCAACAAGAAAAGUGGCGGGGGAGCAAAGCAAGGCUUCAAACACAAGAAGGGAAAAGGCUGAGCGCUUUGAUUGUUGAUAGACAUUGACUGUUUGCUGGAAAACUGCAAAGGCGGAGGGACAACUUUAUUGCAAUGUCACUGUACAAUUAUGGAAAUGCUCAUUUCUAAUAAAUUGCUGAAGAAAAAUGUA